CCCGGCCAUGCUCUGUGCGCAAUGGCGGAAGCGACUGAAACAUGUGGCUGCGUUGCACUUGCGGCAGAUCCCAUGUUUCCAUGCAGUGAUACAGUCUUGCCGCUGCUUCAAGCGGAGCAGAUAUCGUAACUUGGGACAGGAAGAGGAUGACACCGCGGAAGUGGAGGACAAGAGUCAAAACGUGAACGUCAUGCUUGGGAAUGUGCUAAUGAAGAUCUCUUUAGCCUGUAUGAUUGGCGUCACGGUGCUUUGCUUGGUUCGCACGCAGGGAUUCACUGAAGAAGAGAUGGACAAGAUGGCGUUCGGCACCGUGGACGAAGAAUACGAGUGGCUUCGCUUCAAGGAGGACUCGCCACUGGUCCUUUAUUUGGGCACCGUGGAGCUGUUGAUUUGUGGAUCUUGUGCUGUAACUGCAGCAGCCAUGUAUCAGCGCAACAGCUACCAGAUGGAACACCCUGAGAAUGCGCCGGAGAAGCGAUAUGUGAAGGUGGAAGUCUCCAAAGAUGACGGAAGUCUUUUCGGCUUGGGAUUUCGACCCAGUACAGACGGCCUGGAAUGCCUCGUGGUGGAGGACAUCCGGCGAAAUUCAGCGCUACACCGCUGGAACGCCAAAGCCUUGGAACCAUCUCCAGAGGAGAUUGUGGAAGAGGCCCUAGGGGAUGGUACAGACAGUCCCCAAGGCUCUGCUCCGCGCAAGCCGCAGGUCAUGGUUGGUUCGAUGAUCGUCGCGGUGAACGACGUCUUCGGAGAUGUUGGUUUGAUGCAACAGCAGCUCGUUUCCAAAGACCAGGUCACACUUUGGAUGCCCUCAGAGUUCCGAGAAGUUCACCCCAGUGACUUUGAAGGCAGUAUGUUUGGAGCCCGUGAUCCACCCCUAAGCGAAGCUGCACAAGGACCCGCGCCAGUCGCACCACCUGCCACAGUUGGUGCCAAAGAUGCUGAUGGGGAGACCGUGGAAGGACAAAGCCCACCAGGCCCUCGAUUUGCCUGCGUUGCCAUGGAAGAUGAAGAGCCUCAAAUUCUGACACGUUGGGCGGUUUGCGCUCUGAUGUUUGGCUGGGUCACUAUGGUGCCCAUCCUUAUGAUGCAGCCGCACGAAGAGCGGCCACGACAACAGCUCUUUCGGCAAUUCUUGUUGAAGCCAUGUUUCUUCAUCCUGCCACUGUGGAUCUUGUUGUGGUGGUUGGACUGUGUGCAGUUGCUGUUCAUGAUUCAGAUCGUGCACCCCUUCUUCUUCUUUCUGCUGUGCCAUACCUUGCUACCAGCAGCACUGGUGUGGUUUCUCUUCACCAUGCAGGUUGCGGACGAGCACAUCGUCCUGGAUCAACGAAAGUCGCGACAAGUUGAGGCUGGCGAGGUUUCUGUCAUUGAGGACCCGCAGCCUCUGCUGCUGAAAGAGUUGAUUAUGGUGAAUCCCAUCGCACUGGUGGGGUUGGGAUGUUCCGUCAGUAUUCCCAUUGUGCUCUGUUCGUUGUUCAGCGUUUUUGAGACCAGGCGAUUGAAGCAAGCACAAUCCUUCGUGAACAUGAUCUACGGACCCCUCACAGUGCUACAGCUGGUAUCGAUGUACAUCCUGUACCAUCUGCGCUUUGCACAGUUGCCCGAGAUGUACCUGGCCGGCUUUUACUUUCUGCUGAGCAUCCCUUGCUUUGCCGUUUGGUGCGUCUGCCUGAUCUGCGCCAACCAAUUUGCCAAGCGGGACCUGCAGUUGGUGCAAAGCCAACGUCUGGAGCGAGCCAAAGAGCUGGCAAAGAAGGACCUGGCCGUGCAAGAAGCUCCAGCAGAGAGCCUGGUGGAUUGCACAGAAGCCAUCACUCGGGAGUACGAAUUGAUCUACACCGUCUGAUGUGGCUGUCAAUGACUACCCGGAUGCAGAAAAAAAA